GUGGCUACUGGAGUGCCUGCGUGGCAAAGGCGGGGUCCUGGCGGGGUCCUGACGUGACAUUGAUUUGGCCGCCAUGUCGCAGCAGCAGCAACAGCCCCGCGUCCCUCCGGCCGCCGCCAACCCGGGCUUGAUUGGCUUCCUCCGCCACCAAAUCAAGCAUCGGCCCAGCUUGAUGCCGCUUUUCUUCAUUAUGGGGACUGCAGUGGCCGGGGCGGGACUCUACCUGAUGCGCCUGGCUUUCUUCUGUCCGGAAGUAAGAUGGGACAAGAAGAAUAACCCGGAACCGUGGAACAACCUCGAUCCCACUCACCGUUACAAGGUGGGGGCGUUUAAAUAUCGAACAAAUUGGGAGCGCGGA